AUGGCUUUGCUCCCCACAUCGCUCGAACCGCUCCUGGCGCGCGUAAGCCCCUCAUCAGCCGAGCUUCCUCCACUGCGCCCGACCAAGAUCUGGGACACGACCCUCACAGACGACAUUGACGCGACGCACCCACAGUGCCUCCGCGCCGCACUGCACCUGCUCAACGACGACAUUGACCGCGCACACACCCUAGCUCAGGACGACGAGGGCGAUAUGACGAGCAACGUAUGCCACGCCGUGCUGCACCGCCGCGAGGGUGAUUACUGGAACAGCAAGUGGUGGUACAGACAGAUCAAGCACCCCCUCAUUGAGCAGAGCUACGGCUCCACCGCCGAUGCCCAGGCUUUCGUUGACGCUGUCGAGUCGGCCGUUGCAAAGCGGAGCUCAACCACGGCCUGUGGAGCGCAGAAUCUCGACCGGCUAAAGAGGAAGCAGGCUGAUGAGCUCAACAACCUCGUCCGCUUUGCCUUGGACCAGCGGUGA